AUAAAAAAUAGAAACUUCACGCAUGACCUGAGAUUGAACCCUUGACCUCAGAACAGGGAAGCAAAUGUCCUGCAUAAACUUAUUCAUUCAUCUUCUCAGUCGCUUAUCCUCACAAGGGUCAUGGGGGUGCUGGAAUCUAUGUUUGCUUUUAAUCGUCAUUAGAAAUUUGAAUCGCUUGAUUGGUCGAGUUGAAAACAUUUUAACUGGGAUACCCUCCUAGUUCAAUGGUAACUAAUGAGUUAAAAUUUGACAGCAUGAUGACUCACAGGGGCGCGUCUCCGUACUACUUCUUUUACUUUCGCUUUAAUGUCUGAAGAGCUCAAUAACAUGACAUUAUGAUCCUGAUCUUGCUUUUAUACUUGGUGGUGAUUGACCAAAUACAUAGCGUGACACCCGUGCUUCACUCACUGAGGUAUUGUAUAACAGCAUCUACGCAAAUUAAUAAUCGACCAGACAUCCUUUAUGACAUUUAUGUCGACGGAGUUUUAAUUUUGCACUAUGACAACAACAACAGGAAAGUGGAAUUACGAUACGAUUUUGUAAACGAAGCCAUAGCAAAUGAUCCAAUCUUAAAUCAUUUGGGAGACUUUGCUGCGGAACGAGAGACGUUGGCCAAAACUCUCAUGGAAAAAAUCAGAAUCGCCGACAACAUAACCGAGGGGGUUCAUUGUGGUCAAUUGACAUUUGGCUGUAAAUGGAAUGCCGAGAAUGAGGAGACUGACGGUUGGGAACGGUACAGUUAUGAUGGAGAAGAUUAUGCCUCUUUGGACGUGGCGACAGAGAGCUGGACCAUAGCCAACAGAAAGUCAAGACAGUAUUUCAUUGCUACUCUCAACUUGGAACAUGACGAGGGUCCAAGAAAAUACAGGAAGUAUUUCUACACUGAAAAGUGUCUCAGUCAGUUGAAGACGUUCCUGGAGUAUGGACAGGACUUCUAUAAAAGAGCUGAGCUUCCUAAGGUUUCCCUCCUCCAGAAGACACCAUCUUCGCCGAUCACGUGCCACGCAACAGGUUUCUAUCCUAACACGGCAGAUCUCUUCUGGAGGAAAGACGGCGAACAGCUCCACAUGGACGCGGACUAUGGCGAAAUUCUUCCGAACCACGACAGAACCUUCCAGAUGACCGCGAAUCUUAAAGUGAACGUAACGGCCGAGGUGGAAGGCCACUACGAAUGUGUCUUUCAGCUCUCAGGUGUCAAGGAUGACAUUGUCAUCAAGCUGGAUGAAAGAAAAAUCCUGAGCAAUCUACGCAUUGAAAACGAAAAACAGAAGAAGGUCGCCAUCGCCACAGCCGUCCCAUUGGCUGUCCUUGGGCUGGUGGUCAUCAUCGUGGCCGUAGUCUUCGUCAAGUGUCGUAAACGCAUUCCAGGCGAUUACGCGCCACCUCCUGUUGAAAUGUCGAACUCGGAAAGGGCGAGAGAGAACGGGAACACGAUGGGAUCUGAAAUUUAAAGACAUGCCACAAGAAAGACCCUUGGCCAUUCAAUGGAAUACUGAAAAGGACCGUUUCAGAUUUGACAACACCACAAAGAGUCAACCAGCAACACGGCGAGGCAUAUUAUCAACUGUUGCAUUCAUCCAGACAAUUAGACCCGAGUCACAGGGACUCGGACUUGAGUCGCAAAUUUAAUGACUCGCAACUGCACUCGGACUCAUAAAAAAAAAAAAAAAAACAGACUCGGAAUUGACUCACUUGAGCUCGGAGGGUCCAAGACUCUACUUGGCUUCUAAGGCAAUAACUCAAGACUCAACUGUACUUGACUCGUGGGACAAUGACUUGAGACUCGACAAGCUGACUAGAAAAACAUGACUCUUCGAUUGGUUCCUACCUGCCAGGGAUCCACUUGGCCACGUUGGUCGCUCUUGCCAUGCCUUCACGGAACAACCCGUGACUGGACUUGACUGGACUCGACAACCUUUUGACUUGACACGACUCAUCUGUACAACUUUGUGUCUCGAGUGUGACCUCAAGACUGGACUUGACUGGACUCGAUAUAACCUUAUGACUCGACUUGACUGAACUCGACAUAACCUUAUGACUCGAGUUCACAAAACUCGACAUAACCUUAUGACUCAACUUGACUCGUGAGACAAUGACUCGAGACUCCACGAGCUCACUCAAAAAACUUAAUCGCAGAUUUGUUCCUACCAGCCAGUGAUCCUCAUGGUCACUUUGACCGCUCUUGCCAUGCCCUCGCGGAACAACCUGUGACUCGAUUUGACUCAAUUCGACAUAACCUUAUGACUCAACUUGACUCAAAAGAAAAUGACUCGAGACUCAACAAGCUGACUCAAAAACUCUUAUUUAUAGAUUUGUUCCCACCUGCCAGUGUCCUGCUUGGUCACUUUGGCUGCUCUCGCCAUGCCCUCAUGGAACAACCUGUGAAUUGAUUUGACUCAACUAACAUGACCUUAUGACUCAACUUGACUCAUAAGAAAAUGACUCGAGACUUGACAAGCUGAUUUUAAAAGCUUUAAUCAUAGAUUUUUUUUCUUACCUGCCAGUGAUCAGCUUGCUCACUUUGGCCGCUCUCACCAUGCCCUCGCGAAACAACCUGUGGCUAGAUUAGACUCAACUCAACAUAACCUUAAGACUCAACUUGACUCGUGAGACAAUGAGUCGAGACUCGAGAAGCUGACUCAUAAAACUCUUAAUCAUAGAUUUGUUCCUACCUAUCAGUGUCCCGCUUGGUCACUUUGGCCGCUCUCGCUAUGCCCUCGUGAAACAAUCUGUGACUCGAAUUGACUCAACUCGACAUAACUUUAUGACUCAACUUGACUCGUAAGAAAAUGAAUUUUGACUUGACACGACUCGUCUUUACAACUUUGUGUCUCGAGUUGAUAUGACCUCAAGACUCAACUCGACAUAACGUUAUGACUCGACUCAACUUGACUGAACUCGACAUAACCUUAUGACUCAACUUGACUCGUACAAAAAUGACUCGAGACUCCACCAGCUCACUCAAAAAAAUUUUAAUCUUAGAUUUGUUCCUACCUGCCAAUGAUCCACUUGGUCACUUUGGCCGCUUUCGCCACGCCCUCAUGGAACAACAUCCUGUGACUCGAUUUGACUCAACUCAUCAUAACCUUAUGACUCAACUUGACUCAUGAGAUAAUGACUCGAGACUCGACAAGCUGACUCAAAAAACUUGAAUAGUAGAUUUUUUUCUUACCUGCCAGUGAUCCACUUGAUCACUUUGGCCGAUCUUGCCGUGCCCUCACUAAGCAACACAUAACUUGACUUUAGACAACCUUUUGACUUGGCUCGACUUGACACGACCUCGAGACUCGACUCGAAAUAACCUCAUGACUCAACUUGACUCCUGAGACAAUAACUCAAGACUCGACAAGCUGACCCGAAAAACUUAGAUUGGUUCACGGAACAACCUGUGACUCGACUUGACUCAACUCAACAACCUUUUGACUUGGCAGGACUCGUAUUUACAACCUUGUGGCUCGACUUCACAUGACCUUAUGACUGGACUCGACAAAACCUUAUAACUAAAUUUGAUUUGACUCGUGAGACAAUGAAUCGAGACUCCACAAACUGACAUGAAAAACCUGGAUUGUAGAUUGGUUCCCACCUGCCAGUGAUUUGCUUGGUCACCUUGGCCGCUCUUUCCAUGUCCUCAAGGAACAACCCAUAACUCGACUUGACUCGACAACCUUUUGGCUUGACACAACUCGUCUUAACAACCUUGUAGCUCGACUCGUCAUAACAUUAUGACUUGACUCAACUUGACUUAAUAUAAACUUAAGACUAACCUUGAUUGACUCAAGACUCAACAAGCUGACUCAAAAAACCUGGAUCGUAGAUUGGUUCCUACCUGCCAGUGAUUCGCUUGGUCACCUUGGUCGCUCUCUCCAUGCCCUCACGGAACAACCCAUAACUCGACUUGACUCGACAACCUUUUGACUUGACACGACUCGAUAUUACAACCUUGUGGCUCGAUUUGACAUAUUGUUGCCAUUUUUAGGCAAAGAAUUCAUGUUAGGUCACUUCCAUGUCAUUUUUAAGCUACUUACAAGCACACGUUCUGUAAAUUUUGGAUCAGUUACUUUGCUUUGUCGUGCAUUUCCGUGCUACUUCCUUUUGGUUUUUGGUCACUUCAUUGUUAACACAUUGGCUGUCAUUGACCAUGCUGGGGAUCCAAUCCAUUUUGACCGGGAGACAGCGAAUGAACGAAUGAACCGCGUUCACGAAAGUGAGCCACAUUGUGUGAGCCUUCGAUCACGCAAAUCUACGUUUUGACAGCACCAAUGUGAUUUUGUGUCUACACCGGGUUUGUACAGAUCCUUGAAAUCCUUGAAAAUGCUUGUUUUUACCGUGGUGUUUUGAAGGUUUAAAACAUGCUUGAAGUUUGCAUAAAGUCCUUGAGAAUGCUUGAAAGUGUUAGGUUCUCACUGUGUUCUCAGCACCUUUUCUACUUUCAAUUUUUCGUGCCUUCGUAGAACAAUUUGGAAGACAUUUGCGUACUUAUGAGAAGGUAUCAUAUUUUAUUUUGGUUUCAUUGUAAAAUAAAUAAAUAAAUAAAUAAAAAAACAUUGGGAUAUUGUUAAGGGAAAUUGGUCUUGAAAGCAGUGUUGUUUUUGGCUGAUAUUUUAAUUUCCAUCUUAAUUUUCCU